AUGCCUGGGAAAUACAAUCAGUAUCAGCCGACGACUCCCCCGGGAAUUCCUCUCCAGGUGCAUAUUGGAUCAGCCCACAGUCGUAACGCCUCCAAUUCAUCCGUUUACUCCAACGAUUCAUCUCCAUGGUCAACAAUGACGGGCAGCACCAGCCCUACUACGUCGCCUACUCGACACCAUCAUGGCCCAGCUCUUCUCCCUAAGAUUCGCCCUCAAGAUAUUGUCAUUGAGCCCGUAUCUGUAGGUGGGCCAUUGCGGCAUCGACGUGUCUUGUCAAACACUCGCAACCCACCGGGAUUCGUGCCUUAUCCCAGCCGGCCACCUCUGCAGCGUAACAGGGAAGAUGCAUCAGAGCGGCUCGCCCUAGCAUCUCCAAUUUCACCUAUCGUCACUACGGGUCAUGGUAGCUACUCGGCCUUGUCUUCUCCAGUGACAGUGAAUCCCUCCCACAGACGCAAACCUGGUGGAGGCCACUCCCGGUCAGUAUCGACUUCUGGUAUUGACGAAGCUACACUCAGCCGGUAUGGAUAUCCUACCUACAGACAUCUUCCUAAGUACAUGCCGGCAAUGCAGGCACAGACAAUGCCAAACACGCCGGCGACGCCAGUGACCCCAAUCACCCCGAAUAUUGUUGUUCAUCCGUCCUAUUCCCAACGGCAGACAGCAAAAGUCCCGCAACUAUCACCUGUACGACCUCCACACCCGUUGACGGUUCGAUCACCCCAGUAUGAUUACAACCAGUCAUCCGAGGCCCAGCAAUCACCGGUUGCUCUACUAAGUCCCCAGGAAGAUUUGACGCCCCCUUCUACUAGUCUAAUCUCCUACCUGACUUCCCCCACGCAAGCCAUCAAUCUGGUUCGCAACGUGAGUGUAGUCCCGACUCGGGGCAUGCACGACUACUUCUGGUGGGACAUUCGCAACCUGCGCAGUUGGACCUCCUUCUCAAUUCCAACCUUUGACUCCAUCCACGGACUCACGCAGCUCCUCAAGACAGAGAUCUCAAGUUCUCUCGUUCCCCCGGUCAGCGUGAUCACUGGCCGUCUCGCACCCGAAUCCGAGCCUGCCCUAGUCAGCCUCAUCAGAGAUCUCUAUGCUCCACGCGUAAACGCCGCGCUAGCCGUCUCUCAGGGGUCAGAGCACCUCCAGCUCUACGCCGCACCAGACAUUAUACACACCGGCCACAAAAACCACGGCCACCCACACUUUCUCGCCAACUACGCCACAGACUCGGAGCGCACAAGCGCCGGACUCCCACGCGGCCGCCUCGUCGGCAUCGUCAAGAGCUUCGACCGCUGGAACUCCGGCAUGCGCAACGAAGCCCCCCAUAGACGCGUAGAAUACCUCAAUGGACUAGCACACCUGCAGCGCUGCAUGCGCGAACACUCCUGCCGCUACGGCUUCAUCAUCACCGAAAUCGAACUCGUCUGCGUACGAGCCGGCUGCGACGCGGGCGACGACGUCCCAUACUUCGGCUUCCUAGAAAUUGCAACACCAAUUCCCCUCAAAACGGCCGUAGUCCAACAACACUCAAAUCUCCACGACGCCCCGCCCCUCGCAACCCCGAUCAGCGCGCGCUCAUUCUCAUCCUCAUCACACGCAUCUUCAUCACACUCGCAUCAGGACUCGCCAGGCCCGGAAGACACCGAAGACGGUUUCACGGCGCCCAUGACAGCAAGUAUGGCGCUGUACUUCCUUCUGAUGCUCUCUAAAUCUGUACCCUUGCCUUACCAACCAUCCGCCCACCUCAACGUCGGCGGACCGGGUGCGCUCACGAGACAGCGGAUCCUAGCUGAGCCGAAAGAUCAAUGGAUUCCUGAACCGCAGAUUGGCGAGAAGCGGGAUGCGAAGCGUGUGCGUGGUUGGGUCUGGCCGGGGGAUGCGUGGCAUCGUCGGGAGGGGGGUGGUGCGGCGAGGACGAGGGCUGGGGAUGGGAAGACGAAGAAAUGGCAUAAAUGA